GUCUGGGUGGUGCCAGUGGGUGGGAGAGGGAAGAGGGUUUGGGAUUGGAGGUGGUGGGAUGAGAUUAAGCAGGGCCACUGAUUACGAGGCAGUGUGAGCAUUAACAAUGUUUUGGUCCGAUUGUAGACCAUUAUGAACUAAUGUUUCCUCUCCUUUGUGGCUGCAGAGAAAUGGACGCAUGUGGCUGUAUCGGGCUGUCGCUCUGUUGGAACCCUCAACGCAGCAUGUCGAGUUGUCCCUGGGCCUCUGUAACAACCGUUUUCAAGCAGCGUGGGGACGUCAGGGUGGGGCGGGGUGGAGCAUGCAGGGUCAGAAAGGUUUUGAUUCUUAAUCAGUACAAAAGGGGAAGUUGUGGGGGUGGCAACCCUUUUUGCUCGUAUAAAGUUAAGCUCCACACACACACAGUCUGCUCUUUUGUUGUGCAUGGCUGACUGAGAAUGAGCUGCUUUGAGCUCUGUUACACAGAGGACGUGGCCAGCUAAGGACUACCCAGAUCCCACAGCAAGAGGGAGAAGGAGCCCCUGGAAUACAAUUCUGAGAAAAUGGUGUGUGCGAUUGGGGCUGAACUGAUGUGGUCUGGACUGGCGCUAAAGAAUUGGUUCUGGCAGGGGCUCUUUGUGCUUCACUUCACUAGUCUAGUUUGUUUCCCUGCAGUCUUUGCACAGGAAAAGAUGCACAAAGCCAAAGUGGGAGACAGCAUCCUCCUGCCCUGCUGCCAUGAACUACCCAACUCAAACUACCUGAUUAAUUAUCGCGUUUACUGGCAAACAAAAAGCUCAGACGUAGUGAUGGCUUACUCAGAAGGGAAGCUGGUCAUGACCAAUGCGAUGUAUAUGAACCGGACCAAGAUGGACCCAAAGACCCUCACAAUGUCAAUCUUCCCAGUGAAACUAUCAGACGACAACAAAUAUGAAUGCAUAGUUCAAGAGCUAGAGAAUGGAGCUUACAAGCGCGCAUGUGAUGUGACUGUGGUUUUGGUGGUUGUAGCUGACUUCAGCAAGCCGGUCAUAUCAGCGGAUGUACCCAAAGAUGCUUGUGGCUCAACUGAGGUGAUGGUGAACUGUUCUUCUCAUGGGGGCUUUCCAGAGCCCAGAGUCUCCGGGAUCCUCAAUAAUAUGUCUGUGGAUUGGCAAACCAAGCCACCUGGCUCAGAAAACAGUCUCUAUAAUGUCACCGCCAAAUUGCAGCUCAAUCUGACUGAAGACAUUUUCCUCACGUGUACCAUUGAGUAUGAUGACUUCAAAGUGUCCUCUAACUACUCUCUGAAAAAACUAAAGGAAUGUUCUCCUUCUCCAAGACUUCUGCCCCAGGGGGUCAUUAUUGCCUCAAGUUUGGUUCUCAUCUGCAUCUUCCUUGUGGCCAUUGCCUUGCUUUUAAAAUAUUUCUGGUGUCAUGGCUGCGAACAACUGCGGUGCUCUCACUCCCCUGUCCCUCAAGAUCCAGGAGUGGGAACUGAAAUAAAAGGGGUUGUAAGAGAUGACAUUCCCUCCCCUGAAGCAACCUUGGAAGAAGUAACUUUCUGAUUAGACCAUAUUUACAGAUCUUGUAUCCUGUGUGCCCUGCACUGCAGUCCCUAUUGUCCUCCAUGGCCAAGGCUUAUUCCAUAGACUGUUUGGCUCUUCCAGAAGAGGAUGACGGAGCAGGCAGGAAAUCUGCUCAAGCGGACUGGGAAGAUGGUGUUUUGUGAAUAAACACCAUCACCACAGAAGCGUUCGGACAGUAACACACCAGAGCCCUGUGUCUGCAAUGCCACCUCAAAGGAAGCUCCAUUUUCCUGAUUAGCUGCAAGAAGAAAUAUUGCCAGCAUCCUGAUGCUCCAGGACACCACCUGCCUCCUCAGAGUUUGGGAUGUUUGGCUUUGACACUGCCACUAAGGCAAGGGUGGCCUGUGGUGCUUUACAAGGUAGCCCAUCUUUAGUAAGGAGGGGCUGGCCCUUGGGAGAUGACAGGUCCCAAUGUGCAGUCUUGAGCCAAGCACAGACUGCACCACCUUUUUAGAGCUGAGGGCAGCUGUAAUCUGUUCCAUUCUGUGUAUGGUCCUUGGGCUUGGACAUGUUGCCAGUACAGUUCUCGGAGUAGAGUUUGGAUUAAGAAUGUAUUUGAGGACCUGACAAUCACAGAUGUCUCCUGUCUUGGGCCCCUUCUCCAGUAAGGAUGCAAGGUUCAGCCACUCCUUAAGGAAGAACUGAACAGAGACGGGGAAAUACGUCUUAUGCUUAUUUCAGCAGCCAUAACAUUUAGUGUAGUCUGGCAUGACAUUAAUAUACUGACACCCUGGCCAUUUGCUAACUAAUGUGUGUACAGCUAUCUGCCUCAUUUGCAGCCCUAAUGCUAGUACUCGUGACCUGUUGUCCCAAAAACCUCUCCACCUAGUGAAUCAAAGAUACAGCUCUGCUAGUUCACCCCAGAGAGGAAGCUGAUGUGCCAAAGCUCAUCUGCACAUUCCAGCCAACUAACAGCAUGCAGACACCCCACUGGUACUUUUUAUAUGUAUUUCCCCUGGUCAACCUUCAUAUGUGGUCAGAUUGCUCAGCAGCUUACUUACAUGAAUGUAACAUGAAAUAGAAAAUUUGUGUCUAGCUCCAAAAACACAGGUCUUCUCCUCUCAAGGGUGUGUGGGGAUGUGUGACGACAACACCCUUGUUACCACUGCUUCUCCACAAGGCUUGAGAGGGGCUGAGUCUUUAGUUUCUUGCAGGAAACUUGGCAGUAUGGGACUACCCUGGCCAAGGAUGCUGCUGUUCAGUCUAUGGCUGCUGUUCUCAGAGUCUGUCCCCUGUAUCCAUUCAGAAGCUGAAGCAUGGAAGAGCCCAGCUUGGGCUCUAGCAUUGGAUAGGACCUAUCCAGAUCUUGCCUGAAUGGUUUUAUUGCCUACUGUGUAGGAAAGAGUGAUUUCUCAUUUUGAGGGGAAAACCAAAACCCAACAGGCUGCUUGCACAAUGGGAUUUACUAACAUAACUCCGCCCCAGUUUGCUUAUCAUAUUCUAUUCUACCCCUUCUGCUUUGUCUUUAAAGCUAACUGGUUAUAGGCUCUGUGAGUUACAGCUUCAUCCAGCCUGUUCUGCAGCCAUUGUUCGGGGGGAAACCAGUAACCGCAUAGCAGCAGUACAGAGUGGAUAUUCACUGUGGAGACUGGUUGUGCAUCACAGCGUUCUCAUUGGUCACUUUUCUGACGUUGCUGCAACCAUGCUCUGACCCCCACCAAUGAGUGCCCGGCUGGGAGGCAGCACUGGGACACCCCAAUCCUACACUUGGGAAACCAAGCCAAUAAAGGCAGCUUAGGGAAGCUCAGGCUCUGGGUGAGACGCCUGUGCAAGUUAGGAUGGUGGUGGGAAUGGUGUCACAUUUUUCUUUUCUUUUCAUUCCUACUACCCAGCAACCAGUCUGUACCCUUGCUACUGCCAGCUUUAACUACUGCAUUCUCCUACUGGGCCACGGUCCACUAUGCCACUCUGUACUUACUUGCCCAUUCUCAGCUUUGUGCCUUCUUUCAUACUGCUCUGUAACUUCCCCCUCUCCUCCGAAGACUCCUAGAAAUGCAUCUGUACCACAAUGCUUUCCUGUUCAAAAUAAAAACAAAACCAAAAAGCACCAGGCUUACUCCCAACCCUCUUCCUCCAGCUGUUCCAUACUUAAUAUGCGAUCCUGACUGAAGCCUGUAAGCUCUCUGGGGCAGGUUUUUUCUUUUGAGCAUAUGCUUUUGUAAAUCACCAGAUACCCUUACGACAUUGUAAAUAAUUCCUUCUAGCUGAGCUAAGGGAUUUCACACUGACAGAAAUACAGGAAAUGUAGGGUUUGAUUUUUCCCACACCAUAAAACAUGUUUUAUGUUUUCUACUGUCUCACAGUGUUUUCAGUGAAAUGCACAUGGUUUCCAUGAGACCUUUCAGCUUAUUUAAUGUCUGAACCAAUGUAACAGGUGAACUGCUUUCAGUUUAACAUCUUCAUUUUGGCUAAGAUAUUCUAUGGGGUUCCCCCCCUUAAUUGUAUUAAAAGGUAAACUCUG